AUGACAACUCAGAAAAGAAAGAAGAAGAUGUGUCGCACUCCUCAGCCGGGUAAUGUCAACAUGUCUCUGGUGAAGAUGACAGGCCAGCGAAUGAUGGCAGGAAAUUUGUUAUUUGUGUCAUUUCUUUUCGUCUUGUCAGUUAUAGCACCGUCGCAAGCCUUAUAUGAAGAUCAAAUAGGGAAAUUUGAUUGGUGUCAGUCUGUUGAUAAAACUUUGGUGUGCGUUGAGCUAAGCCUUGGACUAGUAUUUACACUUCCUCUUACUGCUGCAUCGCCAACAUUUGCAUCUUCUCCGCUGGCCUCCCUUGGAAUGGAUGACCCAUCUAUUAAUCCACAGAUAUCACUGGAGAGGGUUGCUGGAGCUCCUGAGCACAUGGUUAUUCAGGUUGGCAGCUCAAGAAAAUUGGUUCACAUUCACCCAGAUGGACUCCAUAUGGUUAGGGAUUUGAGUGGCUCCCGAGCAUCAGCUAUUGUUGAAGGAGUUCUGUACAGCCUUACUCAAAGUGGACGCGUUGUAACAAUUGAAGCCAUUGAACUUGAAACAGGUGCAGAAAUUGGUGAACAAGGAGUAGUUGUAGAGCUGCCAUUCCAGUCUGGUUCAGUUUUGUCUCUUCACAUAUAUCGCUUUGAGAGGAGGGAUGGAGGCAUGGCUCUCAGAGCAUUUGUAACCUGCUCUGACCAUGCCCUUCAUCUUCUUAGCAGUGCAGGUGUUGUCUGGUCUAGAGAGGAGGCACUGGCAUCAGUUCUGGCUGCUGAAGCUGUUGAUCUUCCUGUUGAUGGUGCAAAUAUAAAUUACCAUGAACAACUGACACCCAUAACAGAGUCUAAGCCAACAUUUUAUGAAGAAUCAAGUUUGGUUGGGAGCUUUGUACACCGUGUAAAAACUCAGUGCACCCAGAUUGCACACUGGGUUAGUGCUUUAUUGGGAAAUAAGGACUCCUUUGAAGAAUCUUUUGGCACCCUCACCAGAGAUCAGUUAAAUCUACGUAAACUACUGGUGGUUGCAACAAGCAGUGGCAAGAUUCUGGGAAUUGACAGCUGGAAUGGAGAUGUUGUAUGGAGCAUUUAUGUAUCUAAUUUGGCUCCGCUACAAGGGAACAAAUUGCUGUUGUACUCUCAAAGGACCUCUGCUCAUUUUCCACACCAUCCUCAAUGUGUUGUUGUUGGCAGACAUAAGGUUACUGGUGAAGGUCUGUUAGUAGUGUUCAACCCCAUCUCAGGAGUGAGCGUUGAUGAACGUGGAGUUAUCAUCAGUUUAGGGUAUCAUCUCACCCAGGCAUUCCUCAUGCACCAGUCAGACGAACAAUAUCUCAAGCCCCUUCUCUUGGUUGAUACAACACUGACUCCACACAUGUUCCCUGCAAGUGGAGAAUCCGUUUUGCUGAAGCACAAGGACGUAACAUUCCUGCAUAUGGCUCUGCCUGGUACCAAUGUCCUUACUGGAUAUUCCUUGAGGUUUUCACAACCAGGGGCACUUACAUUAACUGAAGUAUGGAAAGUUUCUUUGGGUGGUGGACCAAUAACUGGAGUGUAUGGGAAACUUGCUGCUGAAAAGGUACAUUCCCCAGGGCGAGUACUUGCAGAUCGUUCUGUACUUUACAAGUACGUCAACCCAAACCUUGCUGUGGUGAUCACCCAGGGAUAUGAUCAUAUUACCAAGAAUUCUAUGACCUUGUACCUGGUAGACACCGUAACUGGAGCCGUGAUUGAAUCUGUAUCCCAUAAGAAAGUGUCUGGUCCAAUUCAUAUUGUACAUUCUGAAAACUGGGUUGUCUACACACUUUUCAAUGAUAAAUAUAGGCGAUUUGAGGUUACAUCUUUGGAGCUGUAUGAAGGGUUAUCGCAAGCAAAUGCUUCUGCCUUUUCAUCUUUCAGUGGACAUUCAACUCCACUUUUAGAACGACAAGCAUACAUCAUGCCUCUUGGGGUCCAAGCAGCAGCACAUACUACUACUGAAAAAGGAAUAACAACAAAAUUUAUUCUCUUUGCCUUACAGUCUGGAGGUGUAGUUCAAAUGUCUAAAUGGUUGUUGGAUCCCCGGCGGCCUGUCACUGGUGGUCCUAGAGAAGAGGGUCUGGUACCAUAUGUACCUGAAUUGAGAUUGUUACCACAAGAGACCAUCACCUAUAAUCACACACUCCCUCGUAUCACUGGCAUUUACACUGCCCCCACUGGAUUAGAAUCUGCAUGCUUAGUUCUUGUUUAUGGUUUAGACUUGUUUUAUACACGAGUUUUUCCAAGCAAGAUGUUUGAUUUGCUAAAAGAUGACUUUGAUCACUAUUUAAUUGUUGGAGCUCUCUUAGCACUUUUAGCAGCCGCAGUAAUUACCAGGAAGUUAGCCCAGAAGAAAGCUCUAAAACAGGCUUGGAAGUAACAAGAAAAGUAACUUGAUGAAGCUGUUUGGUUUGUAUACUUAAACGGAGGUCUCACUAGUCAUUUCCAUAAAAGUUACUUUUGUUAUAUGUUUUUUAAAGCAAGACUUUAAGCCUCUGGAGGUUACACAAAAUAUACAUUUUACAUUGAACUUAUAUAUUCUAAUUUUAUGUAAAUGGUUGCCUAUAUAUAAUGAGAAUCUUUGUGAACAUGAUUUUAAAUUAUAUGCAUUUCUAUAUGAAUCUGUUAAAUUAUAGUUGAGGAAAUCCACAGACUUGUUACAUAAUACACAGUGUUGUGUAUAUUUGUGCGUGCAUUGUUUCAUAUUAACCUUGCCUGAGAAACUUUGGAACUGUAAUGAAUACAAUUUCUUACAGUAGGUCAAGAGAAGGAAGGAUUUUUGAAAAAUAUUUUGUAGUAAAUGUAAUACUGUAUUUAAGGUGUACUAUGAUUCUCCUUCAUGCUGAGUUUGGGAAGGAGGAAAAUGUAUUUAAUUUAAUUCAAUAAUGAGUUUAUAUAAUAUAAUCCAUUAAUGCAGAAUCAGUCUCAACAGUAUGUCUAAGUAUAAAGAAGAAAAAUCAAGUGUAUCAAUCAACAUUGCUUUACACUGGUUUGUGUUUAGUGUAAACGUUCCAAUGCCUUUUUGGAGUAAUGCAUCAUUACUCGUAAUCAUAUUCAUUUAUUAAAUUAUUUGUAUUGUAUAUGUAUGUAAAUAUAAAUGAAUAUGAAUGUAACAGACUCAUAGAUCUAUACAAAUUUAGUAUUGAUUUUCUAAUAUUUGUGAUGGCAUGCAUGUGCCCACAGUCUUUUGUUACUAUACGCCUUUCCUUAGUCAUUGAGCUACAAGGGAGACUCAGAAGGAAUGGUUGUUAACAUACCAUCAUAGCCAAAUUAAUUAAACUUUAUUACUGGAGUGAACAGUAGUGAAUUAAUACAGACAAAAUAUGUAAAUGGCAUGGUACAUUUGUGCAUUUUUGUGCACUGUACAAUAUCUCACUAAAGUAUUGUAGAAGAGCUUGCAUUACUGUACAUAACAGUAAUUCUGUUAACGCAAAUAUUUGUUGUUUUGAGAAUUUAGUCCAUAGGCUCUGACACAGAAGUGAGGGUAUUUCUUACUGUGGGUAUAUUGAAGCAGGAAAGUCCAAAACCUUUUGUGUUCUCCACAGGAUCCUUUUACAUAGCAUCCAAAUCCCAAUUUUGUUUGGUUACUUCACAUGAUGCAUAUACAGUAUGUAUAGCAUAUGGAUAUUUAUUUGCAUUUCUACUCACAUGAUAAAGGAGUGAGAUGUGUGCAUAAUGUGAAGUUUUAGACCUCUUACGCCUCAGCGGCUGUGGUAGUUCAGUAGAACGUAAGGGUUUUAGUUUUAGCAUUUUCUUGGGCUAGAUGAAAAAUUAAUACUUGCAUUUUUUAUUAUGUAUAUGUAUAUAGUACAUAACAAGGGAGGCAGAUCAAACACAGCAAGUAAUAAAAAGCAUAAUUUGAUGGAGUUAUGGGGAGGCAUUAUCUAAAACUAGGAUUUCUUUUAGUUUAGACUACAACUUAAAUAUUUAGCCAAAGAAACAGAAGAGAAUGCUACACAGAUAGGUGUGAAGAGAUAGCAAGCAUUAAGAUUAUUUUGAGAUAUGUAUAUUAAUUUUUUUAUAUUUACUGUACAUAAAUUCACUACAUCACGAUCUAUCUUUCAUAUUAAUUUCUUUGGCUUACAGUUUAUUGUUUAGUCUUUGCCUCUCAUAUCAUGCAGUUCAUAUGUAUAUGUUUGUAACAUGUAAAUUUUGUAAUUAUAUAUGUAAUAACUCACUGUUUUGUGUAGUUUCAUGAAUCACACCAUUCAUGAUGUCAACGUGGAUGUGUUUAUGUAAAUACCUUCCCAAUUAUUUGUAUUCAAGUUCAGUUGGUUCAAAGAUGUCAGUUGCAUGGAGACUCAUAUUAGUGCAAUAAUGGUCAAUACAGGUCAUUCAAACCUCAGAGACCUAUAUUUUAUCAUGUAUAAAUGAAACUUAAGCUAAAUUCCUACAGUUCAAGAAUUUUGAAAUUAAAGUUGCCUGGGUAAUGGUAACUAAGCAUGAGUAAAUUGAAAGUAUGCUGAUGGGUAUGUUUGAUGAUGUUCCAGAUGAUCUUUACAUUUGUUCAAAAAUUAAGAUUUUUUUUUUCAUUUUGUGAGACUUUAGGGGCCUUCUUUUUCACAAUGAAAUGGGAUAGUGGGAACAAAUUUGAUAGCUAUCAAUCAAAAUUCUAAUUCUCCUUAACCAAUUUAUUACCUUAAUAUUACAGAAUGAAAAAUACUCAAACUUAUCCCCAGCUCAUCAGACCUAUCCUCAUAACCCUAUAUCUAACUUAACCUAACUUAAAAUUACAUGAUGUUUUCCGACCACCUAAGAAUCUAAACUUAUUUCCUUAAAUAAAAAAAAAUUGUGACGACCAUUUAAAAAACUAUAUGUAAUACUAUUGUUCUUAAUCUUUCACUUUUCCAAUGUUCGAAAGAUAAGUCUGACUUGUCCCCACUGUGGAUUAUCCAGCAAAGAUUGAGAACUAAAGUUCGAAUUUGGCAAACCACUUCACCGUUAGUCCAAUUCACACUUUCUGCACUCCUCUUCUCAAAUACCAUACUAUCCUUUGUAAUACUUGAUUCUGUUAAUAUUCAAGAGAGGUGGGCAUCCAAGUGAAGGUGGACAUCUAUGCGAAGGUUGGUAUUCAAGUAAAGGUGGGCGCCACACGCUCACUCAUCCCUGUUUAUCAAAAUGCAAUGAAAAAAGAAAGAAAACAGACAUUAAUUAAACAAUCCCUCACCCACAAGAACAAGAAAGGCUUUUAUUAUGUCAAAAUACUCCCUGAUAAAGCUGGUUAUAGCAGGUCCUUGACACUUUUGGUUAGAUUUUCUUUAGUCAGUUACAAUCAUUUAUCCCCUCGCAGUUACAAAUCAUGUCUUCUUUAGCUUCAGAAAUUUGUCCUCUAGCAGUUACUUUGUUGUCUUCAAGUAACCUCACUUGGUCAAACCAUGUUUUUUGUACUUUGUAUACUCCUCAAAGGGAAUGAGAGGAAAAUAGUAGUUUACAAACUUGACUCCCUUUCUGUCAGCAACAGUAGCCAAGAAUUUCAAAGAGCAUUCCUUUCUUUUAGAGUUGUACGAACUACCAUAUCAUAAAUUCCUAAUAAUUCAGGACUUACCUGAUUACUUGAAACUUACAUGCACUAUAUUCUUCAUUAAAAAAUAAUGCUUUCUUUAGUUAUUUUGUUGUAACAAUCUCAUUUUUAUAAAUGUAAGUUAAUUUGGGUUUUUAUCUAAGACAGACUAUUAAAUACAAAUAUCUUUUGAUAAAUGGAUAUUGUUAAGGUUCACAUGAAGAAAGGAAAUAUUGAUGUGUAUGUGAAAACAUCAUUUAUGUAUGUAAAAUUUUUUCCAUUUCUCCCUGACAGUAUGAUAUUGCUACUGAAGAGGGGAUCCUAAUAGUACAUGAUAAUAUUGUAAAUACUUUAGCAUUUAACAUCCUUUGCAGACCAGAACAUAAUUUUAUCAUUCAGGUUUGCUGCUAGCAAUACACAUUGUAUAUCCAGUGAGAAAUUAUAUUGCUAAAAAGGUAACUGAUAAUUCAUUUGUAACAUAAUAGGUGCUGGAAGCAGAAGAAUGUAGGAUAUUGUAUAUUUGACAAGGCACCAACCUGUGGUGCAUGCCCAUACAGUUGUUUAUAGUAUGUGGUACUGAUAGACUUAAAAUAUUGUACACUUUUUGAUUAUGGACUGGUAUUUUUAUCUUGCUUUCUUGUCCAAGGAACAGGAAAAGUUGUGUAACACUGAUCAAAAUUGCUAGAACAGCUUACAUUAAUAACAGCAUAGGUGUGUCAUUUCCAGUAGUGCACCUCAUAUCCUGUAAUAACUGUUGGUACAGUUAUCGUUGUACAUUGUACAUUAUCUCAUAACAUACUAGGAUUAUAUCCAUGAGUCUACUAUGGCUGAUGGCAACAAAUGAUAAGCUUAAUAGUUUAUAGCUGCUGUGAAAGUGUAUGAUAUACAGUAUACAGUGACAUGAAAAACCAUAAGCAGCUGAAUUGUUAUGCAGUAGUUGAAGAAUGGAAUAAUGAUGUUUUAUUUACAAACACCUUAUAUCACACAUUUGUAAAAUGUUUCCUAAGACCUUCAGUUACUUGUCAGUCCAAGGAUUUUUUUAUGAAUUGUCAUAUCCACUCUUAUAUUGUAAAAGUAGCUGACCUUCUUUGGUCUUAUGCAAAUUAUUUGUGUAUUUAAAGACAAUCUUUUUGUUUUUUUAGGUAAUGGGCAGCAAUCUUAAAGAAAAUGUCUGAAAAUGUAUAUACGUUUGUGUCUGAAGUAACAUUCCCAUUAAUUGUUAAUGGUAUUAAACACAGUUGUGUCACAUAGAAGUAGAAAAGUUUAUUCUUUUCCUAUACAGUAUUACUUUCAAGUUUUAGAAGUUAUUCUUCACAACAGUAGAAAGUAGUGAUUUUUAGCAGUGACUUCUGUUCUAUUGUUUUCACAAAAGCUCUUUCUAAUUGAAGUAAGUGUUUCCAGUUUAUAUUAAAACACAACUUAACACAUACAAGGAGAUUUUCUUGUUUGCAUUUUUCUUACAUGUACUCUAGGGUAUUGUACAUGCAAAAUGUAUGGUAAACAUAUUUUAGAUGUAUUGAUUGUGUAAGAACAUUUUUAAUAAAAGUUGUUCUCUUG